AUGGAUGCAUGGGGCAGCCAAAACGCGGCUUCUGACGCACAACUAGACGGAAAUGAGGAAAAUUGGGAAGCUGCCGAAAGUGGAAAGGAUGCGCUUAUUGUGCUGUUAGACGUGCGCGAAGCAAUGUUUUUCUCAUACCCGCAUGCGACAGCAAAAUCGCCAUCCACAUGGUUCCACGCUGUUGUAGAGCUUGUGAUCAAGCUUCUUAAAAUGAAAGUCGUCGCAAACGACAAUUCGCUGCUUGGAGUUGUAUUUUUUGGAACGAACAAGCGCGGAGAAGCCGGGACUCUUGAGCAGGUUUACGAAUUUCAGUCUUUGGAUUAUCCGUCUGCUCGGCGUAUUAAGGACCUUCAGUCUCUUUUGGUGGCUGAUGUGCAGUCGGAGUUUGAGUCUAUGCACAACUCGGAAAAGUUGUCAUUCAGCAACGCUUUGUGGCAAUGUGGAAUUUCCUUUUCUAAUGCAAACUUGAAAAAGAAGGACUCUCAGCGUGUUUGGAUAUUUACAAAUGAUGACACUCUAGCAGGAUCAGACGAGGAGGAAAUCAAGCGAUCUCAAAAACAGAUGCAGAACCACACCGAAUUGAAUCGCACGCUGAAUCUGUUCUUCAUAACUCCACCUGGAAAAGAAAACUUUAUGCUUUACCGAUUCUACGGGUGUUGCUUUAAAGACUUUGCAGCCAAUGAUCGUGAUAGCAUUGUCGAUAAUGAUGUAUCUUUACAGCCAGCUUUUCCUGUCAGCUCGCUUGAUGAUUUGAUAGAUGGAUCAUUUCGCAAACGUUUUCGCAAACGCCGACUGACAACUUUCUGUUUUCACAUCACGAAAGGAGUGUCAAUUGGCGUGGAGCUAUACGCGCUUGUAGUUGUCCAACGCAAGAACACUCCCCUCGCUCUUGAUGCGAUCACGAAUGCACCUCUCAAAACUGAGACGAAAUGGCUUUGCGAAGACACUGGAGCUUACCUUACCCCAGAUCAGAUUAAGAAGUACAUAGACUACGGCGGCAAGCGCGUAUAUUUUACUCGAGAUGAUGUGGUAGAGAUUAAACAUUACGACGCUCCAGGGCUUCAGCUCAUCUGUUUCAAGCCAUUAAAAUCUCUCAAAUGGAAUGAAAAUAUUCGCUCACCAUAUUUCAUAUACCCUUGCGACGGCUACAUCGAAGGAAGUUCUGUUGCCUUCAUGGCUUUACUCACUUCGAUGGUUCGAAAAAAGAAAUUUGCGUUAGCAAGACUUAUUGCACGAAAAACCAGCGAACCUCGACUUGUUGCGCUUGUUCCUCAAGAAGAAGAAAAUGAUGAGAUGGGUCAGGUGCGACCGUCAGGAUUUAACAUUAUUUUUUUGCCGUACUUGGAUGACAUUCGUGACAUAGACAUUUCGAACGGUCGAGUGAUAUAUGUCGAACAGGAAAAGAUCGAUGCGGCAAAAAAUUUGAUCUUGAAGCUUCAGCUGACGGAAACUCCGAGCUUUGAAAAUCCAGAACUUCAAAAGCAUUACGCUGCUAUCCAAGCUCUCGCACUGGACGAGGAAGUACUUGAGUUCGAUGAAAAGAAAGACACUACCCUUCCCGAUGCAGAGGGCUUCGGUCAAGACGACGUCAAGAGUGCAAUUACUAGGUUUCGAGACGCGUGCGGUGGUGAAUCCAUCGACGCGUCUAAUUCCACAAAGCGCAAGACAAACGCCACCAGCCGCAACGUGUCUGCUAAGAAAUUGGGGAAAACGAAGGUAGGCUCUGGGAAGCAGCGAAAUGCGGAAACAACAUUCAGCAAAAGUGAAUGGGCCACUUUACUUGCAUCUGAUGCCAUUCAGAAAAAGACUGUCGCUCAGUUAAAGGAAUUUUUACGUGCACACAGCCAAAAAGCUGUCGGACGAAAGGCAGAGCUGAUCGAGGCCAUCAAGUGCUUUUUGGAGGCAUAG